GAUAAUUAUUAACAAAUUAUCAACAGUGAAAAAUUUCCGAUUCAGGGCUUUGAUAUCCCUAACUGAUUAGAUGAUUACAUUCAAAGAGCUUCAGCUCAAAUGUUUCAGAAGACCCAGGAGCUGAGCCAGGAGCAGCCACAGAGCAAGUCAUAGAUUUGAGAGGCAGGCCAUAGAUGACACACAACCUUCUGAACCUGUCAAAUGUCAAACAGUGGAUGGAGACCAAACCCAUCAACAAGAAGAUAAGUAUCAAAUGGAGAACCAGUGCCUUCCCAAGAAAGUUCCAGGUUUCUGUUCCUUUCGAUAUGGACUGGCUAUCUUUUUGCACUUCUGUAAUAUUGUCAUCAUGGCCCAGAGAGUAUGCUUGAACCUCACCAUGGUAGCCAUGGUGAACAGCACAGAGCCACCUCAUUUACCUAAUGGAUCUACAUUGGAGACGCUAGAUGAUCUAAAGAACCCUGUGUAUUCCUGGAGUCUUGAUAUCCAAGGACUUAUUCUCAGUUCUGUCUUGUUUGGUAUAAUCACAGCUCAAAUUCCUGUUGGGUACCUAUCUGGAAUAUACCCAAUGAAGAGAAUAAUUGGGUCUUCAUUGCUCCUCAGCUCUGUGUUGUCCCUGCUCAUCCCACCAGCGGCACAAGUUGGAGCAACCUUAGUUAUUGUGUGUCGAGUACUCCAGGGAAUAGCCCAGGGGACAGUGUCAACGGGCCAGCAUGGAAUAUGGGUCAAAUGGGCACCUCCCUUGGAACGAGGCCGACUUACCUCAAUGACUCUAUCAGGGUUUUCAAUGGGACCAUUUAUUGUUCUGCUUGUGAGUGGAUUCAUCUGUGAUCUCCUGGGCUGGCCCAUGGUUUUCUACAUUUUUGGUAUCAUUGGCUGUGUUCUGAGUCUUUCCUGGUUCCUUCUGUUCUAUGAUGACCCCAAGGACCACCCGUAUAUGAGCACCAGUGAGAAGGACUACAUCACAUCCUCUCAGCAGGUAGACUUGCCCAGACAAUCUCUGCCAAUCAAAGCUAUGCUUAAGUCUCUUCCACUCUGGGCUAUUAUCGUCAAUAGCUUUGCUUUCAUAUGGUGCAACAGCUUCCUGGUUACAUAUACGCCAACAUUUAUUAGCACAGUGCUUCAUGUUAAUAUUAGAGAGAAUGGGCUGCUGUCUAGCCUCUCCUAUCUGUUUGCCUACAUCUGUGGUAUCGUAGCAGGUCAGCUGUCAGACUUUUUCCUGUCCAGGAAGAUUUUCAGCGUAGUUACUGUCCGGAAACUCUUCACCACACUAGGGAUUUUCUGUCCUGUGAUCUUCAUCAUGUGCCUGCUCUACCUGAGCUUCGACUUCUACAGCACCAUCAUUUUCCUGAUUUUUGCCAAUUCGACGCUCAGCUUUUCCUUCGGUGGCUGCUUAAUCAAUGCCUUGGAUAUUGCUCCCAGAUAUUAUGGACUUAUUAAAGCAGUUUCAUCUUUAUUUGGAAUGACUGGAGGCCUAAUUUCUUCAACUAUGGCUGGGUUGAUCCUUAAUCAGGAUCCAGAAAAUGCUUGGCAUAUAAUCUUCUUCUUGAUGGCAGGCAUUAAUGUGGCAUGCCUGACUUUCUACCUUCUAUUUGCCAAGGGAGAAAUUCAGGACUGGGCUAAAGAAACAGAAAACACACGACUGUGAAGGAUGGCCAAUUUUGAAAGAAAAUAUAGAAGAAAUCAGUUUCCUCUUUGAUGGGCCCAGGGAGAAAUCAAACUUUUUCUCUGCAACAGCUAAAGAUGAAUGAUGAACAAACAAAAACUAGGGACUGGCAAGAUAGCUCAGCAGUUAAGAAGACUGACUCUUCUCCCAGAGGACCAGGGUUCGAUUCCCAGCACCCACAUAGCAGCUAACAACCACCAGUAACUCCAGUUUCAAGGGAUCCAAUGCCCUCUUCUGGCCUCCAUAGCCACUGCACACUUACAGUGCACAGGCAUAAUACAUACAGGCAAAACCCUUGUAUGCAUAAAAUCAAAACAAGUGAAUUUCAAAAAAGAAAAAGGAAACAAAAACUAAAAGAGUCAAGGGAGGGAAAAAAGAUGGAUUAAUGAAGAUUUUGGAUAGCUGACUCUGUGCCUUAAUGAGACCUGGGUCAGUUCAAGGAUUGCCAAAGAGAGUAGUGGUGUCACAUCCAGGUUUCUGCCACUGUAACACCACAAGAAAAGGAGCCCAUGGGCUCUGAAAGCAAGGCGCAUAAAUUUGGGGCAAAAUUGGUUCCUUUUCUCCUGUCUCCAUUAGCUUUAACUGUCAACUUGACAUAGCCUAGAGUCACCUGAGAAGGGAGUCUCAAUCAACGUAUUAGUCAGAUGAAAUUGGCCUUUGGGCAUGUGUAUGGGAUUGAUUGAUUGUUAGCUGGUGCAAGAUGGUCCAGCCUGUGGUGGGCAGCAUCACCCUAAAGCACCUAGUCCUGGGCUGUAUAAGGAAGGUAGCAAAGUAUGAGCCCGUGGGUGAGCUGGCAAGUGGCAUUCCUCCAUGGCUUCUGCUUCACGUCCCUGCUUGAGUCCCCACCCUGACUUCCCUCAAUGAUGGACCAUGACCUAGAUGUGUAAGUCAAAUAAAUCCUUUCCUCCUGUAAGUUGCUUUGGUCAUGGUAUUUGUCUCAACAACAGGGCAGAAACUAGGACACUUUCCUAUUCUUUCUGUCCCCCAACUGGUCUUCUAUACCAGCUCAGAGCUGCUCCAAUAAGUGACUUAUCAAACAUUUAUUGGUACUUACUGUAAAUGGAAUCCCACACUUUGCUGAAGAUGUGUCAAAUAAUACAUGUCCUGGUUUCUGAACUUUCUGGGUUUAUAUUCAGGUUAGGUAGUGGAAAUUGCCAUAAAUGGACCAGAAGAGGAAGAAUGUGUAGGCAUUCCAGGGGUUGUAAGGAAGGCAAAGACCUUGCCUGGCCAGCAGGGAACAUCUCUGCCAUGUUGCUCUUCUAAUAAGAACACUGUAGCCUUUGUCUUACCCACAAGUCACGUAUGCACCCUCUGUACUUCGAAGUAGGAGGAAAGAUACUAAGAACGAAGCCCUCCUUGGGUUUCUCACUAGCAAAUAUAGGCAUGACCUUGGACUGUCAGUGAAAAGGCAAGGCCACCUUCAUUCCAUUCUUGUCAUCUUCCUAGCUGGGCUUUAGGCACAACAGCCCUUCCUCAUCCCUCUCCCAGGAACUUUCCAUUCAUACUUGAUGCUUUUGCUUAUGCCACUUUGAUUUCUCAACGAGCUCUGCCUCGGGGCUCUUCAACAAGCUUGCUCCACACUUUCUUUGAUCCAUAUCCUCUCACCUUCCUCCCUCCCACUCUUUUGCCCCCCAAUGUCUCAGGACUGGGUGCCUUUCUUCUCACUCUGUUUCUCCUCAUCAGCCAGAUCUCUGCAAGUGGAUCACUCCUUUUCAUAAUUCAUUCUUUCCACUUCUCCAUCUUAACACUAUUUUCUUGGUUUGCCUUCUAAACUUUUCUUCCUUCCUUCCUCCCUUCCUCUCUCUGUCCUUUCCUCCUCCCUCCCUUCUCUGUCUAAUUAUCCUCUAGCUGACCAUUAAACACUUGAAAAAUUAGUCAUAGGCUUUCUCUUUUUAUGUCAUGCUGUCCACCCACACAACCUUAUCCAUACUGAAAAUUUUAAUUAUGACCUAUGUUUAAAUUGUUACCAAAUACAUAACUGGACUCCAAAUGUCACAUGUGCUAUCCAGACCUUUGUGUCCAUUUUCCUGUUUGUGGUCUUCAUUGUGUAUGCUGCUAUCAUUGUUAGAAGCAUCCCCAUUGAUCUAACAGCAAACCAAAAUGCAACUGUUGCUGUGGACAUCAUCCAUCCUCUCAUAGAGUAUGAGUGUGGCCAGGCUAUCUACUUGCUUAUCUCUCACUACUCUCUCCAUCCAUACCAUGGACCACUACUCUCCUGGACUGCAAUGGGACCUCCUCACCAAUUCUUUGAUGCAGUGUGACUAUUGAAAAUCAGAACCCUGAUUAUGUCCUUUUCCAUUAAAAUACUACCACUGAUUUU